UUGUCCUGUUUGGACUUCAUUAGACCUUGUGUCACUUCAUGAGCAGCCAGGACAAGAAUUUCAAAACAGUAGCUGGAGUUUCAUGCUUCAGAUCUGUGGAUGAGACCAAAUGAUGGAGUUCUGGCCUGAGAAUCAGGGGCAGUCCAAUCUGUACUCCAAAUAUGGUACCAUUCCUGGGAAAAACUACACACAGAACUAUCACGACAGACAUCAGCCAGCCCAUUAUCCACUGUACUAUGGUGAGCAGCAGGAUCAAAGCAGGGAGUCCACAUACUGGACUGUACCAGGAUCAAGAUCAGCAGGAGCUUUACAAGAGUACACCAACUGGACAGACCCAGAGCUCAGUGCCCCUCCUCCUUCUUCCCAUUUCCCUUUCAUUCUGCGACGCCACACUCAGCACCACCAAGAUCUGGGAGAGUACCAGCUCCAAGAAGCCAGAGACAGAGAGUGGAAAGCAACCCAUCGACCCGUGAGGGAUCAUGAGAGAGGAUUUCUAAGGGAGGGGUGGCAGAGGAGGUGGGACACCUGUAGCCCUGUCCGCUACAACAGAGAAGUUUCUACCAAGAGGAGCGACAGCAGCUAUCGAGAGCUGGAGGCCUGGGCGGCUCGCUACAGUCACUCCCUGCCAAGAAGAAGGCGUAUAGAAGCAGAAUUAAGGGGAGCCUCUCAGGGGCUGGUGGAGAGCACCAGGAUAGGUUUGGAUCCCCAACAUGUCAAACAACCUGGACUGUGGGACAGAGGAGGCAGACAGCAAACUCCCACCUACUAUCCAUCACAAGCUCCUGCUCCUGACGCAAGCAACGUGCUGGACAUGAAGGAAAAUGCAAGCUACCAAAGGAAGAUAUAUAACCAACCUCCUGGCUAUAUUGCUCCUCCUCCCUACAACAGCCCACAUAAACCUUCACCUGUGACACACAGCAGUGACACGGUCUGGGAGCAGGACACCAAGAAGCAACACUGCUACUCGCAGCCCACACGCAGAAAGCAGCAUGUGUCUGCAGAGCUACAAGAUAAGAGCAAGGGAGAAAAAGAAGAACUGACAAAUUUGUGUGAAAGUAAAACCUGCCCAAAGCUUGAAGGAUUGAAACGCCAAAGAUUUGAAGCAGAUGCUUUACAGGCGGUUUGCCCCAUCAGUGUCCAGCAGACACUCAUACAGGAUGAUGGCACACUGCAUCUGCAACAUCCACAAGUGUUUCAGAAUUCAGAAAUAAACAGGGAAACCUCCUCAAAGGUCAUAGAAGGAAGGAAAUUCAGGCUAAGCAAAAAGACAGGAGGGAUGACAAUAUUCUGUUUGGUUUCUCGAAUAGCCGGCCCCACCGAGACCCCAUCUUUGCCCGUUUGCACCUCCAAAAUGAACAUUGAACACACAGACGUAAGAGAGGCUUCUAAACUUCUGGGAACCACGACUGAGGCUACUCAAAAACUUCCAGACGAAGUGGACUUCAAAUCGCCAACUCUCACAGAGCAGUCAGACGACGGUGCUGGAAGGAAACAGAGGGAGACGCCACCCUGCACAGAGAAGGACAUGGUUGAAAAUAAUCAAGCAAAGAAAGCACAGGCCGAUGUUGUUCCCCCCCAAAAAGAAAAUGCAAAUGAUGUCUGCAGACAGGGAGGUCAGUCAGUGCAGCCGGUGUCAAUAAAAUAUCCUUCAUGGAGGGAGCCUAGUUUCACAAGCAAAGCUGAAACUGAGAGUCCCCCCACAUGCUGUUUGAAAGGAAACCGUGAGGAUAAACUGUCAGACGAUUGUGUUAAUGUAAGCAGUCCUCCAGUAGAUACUGAAGUAAUGCAGCUGGACAACCAGGAGAAUGCUGAGGACAUUAAAAGCAUGCUGGUUGUCGACACAACCUGCGUUGUUGUGAAAAUGGAACAGAUUCCUUCGCCUACAAAAGAGCGGGUUCACUUUUUAAGCACUGCAGCACUCGCUGAAGAGAGUCAGCUCGAUGCUCAAGUGAAUAUUUCUCCUGAACUAAACUUUCAGCUAAAUCAAGAUGUCACAACUGAUGAAAGCACAGAAGAAGCCUCCUCCUGCAAGAUUGAAAAACCCGAGACCGAUGUGGACUCAACACUUUUGGAGGAAGAGGAAGGCAAACAAGAAAGUUUAAUCUCUUUGCCUUGCUUACUGUCAUCUCAUGUUUCUGAAAGAGAAACCUUAGAGGCGCGUGCAGAACGUAUACUAGGGAUCCCUCUACACGACUGCAUCACUGAACCUGAAGCUGGCAUGCCAUUGGUCAAGUCGUCUGCAGAGGACCAGGAUGAGGGGGGUGAGCCUUCUCCACUUAAAACAGAUACUGAAGAUGCUUUUAAACAAACUCCAGAGGACGCAGCAGAGGACGAACCGUACCAGAAUCCCUUGGAGGAUCACCAAACCAAGGACAGCGUAACUUUAAACGACCACAGUGACUCCAGAGAUCAGGUAGCAAGUGAAGAUGGUGGUGACUUUAUGGGAUCUCAGGACCAAGCAUCAGACAGGCAUGAAAGGAGUGACACAGAUGUCCCGCUCGAAACAGGCAACAAAACUUUAAGUGAAACUGAAAAGACUGAGGAUGCCCUGCUUGAAUCCACUGAUGAAAAGGGUAAAAGUGAACAUGGUCGGGAAGACGAUCGUGAGACUCAGCCUCCUAAACCCUCUGACCUUCUUUCACUAAUACCUUCUGAUCAUCAUUCUCCCUCAAAUAUCUCAGAGUCAAACGCAGAGGCAGAGCCUGAUCCUGAGUCGGCUGCUCUUAAUACUGCAGAUAUUGCACUUCCUCCUGCAACUUCAUCCCCUUCUCCUUUGCAACAGCUGCCAUCUUUUUCACUGGGUGGUGAGUCUUCCUCACUAUCCAGUCCCCACGCAGAUUCCCAGUGUCUUCUUCCUCCUCUUGUUUUAACUGAUCAACCAGCUGUAGAAACAUCUCGCCCAGAGGAGGAAGAGGCACAAACAUUACAUGUAACUCAAAGUGACCUCAUUAAUGAGCCGGAGGUGCUGAUGUCACAGGAACAGCAUGAAUGUGGUCAACUGGAUGAUGAUGCCUGCGUCAAUGAUGAGCAACAAAAUAAUAGAGCUGACGAGGAGUCGAUCAAGCCUUUGGAAGAAAACGACAUCAACAGUUUGCAGCAAAAUCUUGAAAGUGUCCAAACGGAGGGUGUUUUGUGCUUAAAGGAGAGUCAUGUGAGUGAAGAACAACCUGAAGAAGGCCUUCCAGCAGAGUCGUCUGAAGUAGAUGAAGAAUGUGAGGAAAAUGCAGGUCAAACAGAGGCCGAAGUCCUUCAACAACUUGAUUGUGGCCAAGAUGAGGAUGUUUUUUGUAUAAAAGAGAGUCACAUGACUGAAAAUGAGUUACAGACAAACUCAGAUGAACUUACUGUAGAGAUUAGGGAACAGAUAUUGUGCAAAAACAACUCUUCAGACUCUCAAAGUGAAACACAGAUUGAAAUUUUGCAGGAUGUUGACCCACAGACUGAUCUGUCUAAUUCUUCUCCUCCCUUGGCUGCAGACUGUGAGGUGUCUCUGUUACCUUUAGAUGAGCUCUUCCUCCCUCAGCUUCCCUCUCCUCAUCAGUCAACGUUUGAGUGCGAGUGUGUUUGUCUUUUGGAUACUUCACCCUUACAUCCUGACACUGCUGCUACUGGUGCCAUCCCCGAAACUCUCCCUCCUCCAGUUUCCCCAGAGGCUUCACCCUCCUCUUUCUCUGAAUCACCCCCUGUACUGCCUCCCAGCUCUACUCCUCCUUACGAAGAGGAAAGUUUUACUCUAUCCCCUGACUUUCUCCAAUCUGAGGCACACAAACAAGCGUUACAGUAUCCAAAAUCGCUGUGGGAUGUGGUAAAUCGCAUUAGAAAGCACACAGCACCUGACUCCGAGAAUGAAGAGGAAGAGGUGACCGAGUUGUGGGAUCCAGAGAACUUAGGAUCCCACAAUGUGGCAGCAGACACGAGCUCUGAAAAGACUGCUUUUGAUGAAGUCGAGCAACAGGUUUCAGAGGAGUGUGCAGAGGUGGGAGACAUCCAGCAUGAUCACAAAGAGGUACGAGGAGACACAGAGGAAGACACACUGUCCUGCAGCAGCACCAGCAGCCACGGCUCUGGAGACACUGUUAUUGGAGCAGAUGAGAACGAGGCGGAGGAAGCAGCACGUGACGCAGAGAUGGAGCAAAGAACCGAGAAGGAGAGCGAGGUGUUUAAGACAGCUGAAGCAGAGCUGCAUUACUCUAGUGAAGUAAACAUCGAGGCUGAGGGAGGAGAAGAGGAGGAGGAAGAUGAGGCAGACAUAAAUGAGCCUUUUUUGAGUUCGGAGUGUGCACCAGAGAUCAUGGAAAAGGAGGUCGAGUGUGAGGUUAUAGAGCUCUGACAUGACAGUACGGUAAUCAAAGAGCUGGUCCACUGCGUUAAACACUCAAACAUGAAUCCGUAUUUCCAUGGCACUUCACAGCACAUAUUUUCAGAAACAGAUGUUUUUUUUUCUUUAUUUCGGCAUCAGCUUAGAGAUUUUAGCUUGGAUGUCUGAGGAGCAAAAAGGACCACUGUUACAGAGACCUCUCUAUUUGACAAUAAUAUUUAAAAGCUCUUUAUUUAGGCUAUUUUACUACAGUUUACCUUUAAACGAUUAGUACAUUUUAUUGUACUUUUCCUUGUCUGUUUCUAUUUCCAUGGCUUUGUGCAGUUGUGAGAUAAUGAAAAUAGUCAUAAGCAAAGACGGUAAUAUUUGGUGAUUUAAAAGGAGUGGUUUUAUGGUAAUAAUAGAGUCAUAACAGAGGUGUGUAUUGAAUGUAAAUAGACACUGGAGUGCAUAAAAAACUAACAUGUUCAGAUUGUUUCCUUUAAAGAUUUCGCAGAUCUUUAAUGGAAGACAGCGAAGAGGAGAAGAACUUUUCCUUCCUGAAAUGGGAUGAAAAAAAAAUACUUUUCUAGAGUUACAAAAACAUAAAUAAAUUCAAACCUUUGCAUGUUUACUGCAACUAGACAAACUUGUGAAGUAUGAUUGUGUGAUAUGAAUAAAAUUUCUGAAACAGCUGCUAAA